GUAUGUAUUAUAUAUCAACUUGAUAUAUCAAUUUGAUAUAUCAAAUAUAUCAACGUGAAACAAAUCAGCAUUGAAGCUUGAGCCGUCAAUGUACAUUAUCUUCAUUCAUUCCUUUUCUUACACACCCAUUGUUCGUGGAUGUAUCAACCAAGCCUCAUAGACUAGAACCCAGACAAUGACCUUGAACAGAAGAUAAAGACACAAUGGGCUUUGCCAUCCCAUCUUUGUUCGAACAACAACACCCUUAGCAAGCAUGUCGAGGAGAGAAGUAAUCACUGCGGAUGGCUCAAAUACAAAUACCAUCGCCGACCACGACCUAACCACUGAACUAGCCAACCCUGUGUUUCCUCGUCCACCUACAUACUACCUAACCAGGUCGGUACACACAUUCUCUGUUUACCAGUUAGGUCAGUAGGUUCGCUCGAGGUUAUCGUGCCUUUUUUACUUUUACAACUGAACGUUCAUUCAUUCGUUCGUUCAUAUAUUCAUAUCCGGCAUACGCCAUCCGUUGAAAGUAAGAUCUCUUCGACAGAGAGCCAUCAGAGAGAACCCAGGCGGUUGAAAUACUGUUUGCAUACUUAGGUAGGUCAGGUAGGUUACCGGUUACCUUUGUAAGUAUACCCACCAUCAACUCACCGAUCCUCGGCUCUCCCUCCCACUCUCUCAAGAAACGUACUUUUCUGCUCCCCACCACGAAAGAACACCGAAAGGAAAGGAAAAAAAAUCUUGAAACCGCAAAAAUGCCAUACCUAAGCAUCAUCCCGACCCCAUACCACCCGUCCCUCCAGCGCGGCCACAGCGUCGGCAGCAGCGGCGGCGGCGGCGGCGGCGGCAACGUGAGCCCCAUAGCGCGUCCCUUCAACUACUACCGGCGCACCAAGAGCGACAUCCAGGGCAAGAUCAAGGCGAUCGUCGAGAAGAUGACGCAGAACAUAAACUACAACGCCAUCCAAACGCCCAAAGUAGUGGAGAUAAAAAACGAUCAUGAUGAUGAUGAUGAUACCGAGUCCAACUACGGCGACGACGACCACGAUGAUGAUUACACCGAGCCCGCCACCCUCCGCGCCGGCCUGUGCUCGCCCGCCUGCUACGCCGAGUUCACGGUAAACCCGUACUCGAUCGCGGACCACAUCACCUUCGGCGACGCGCUGUCCGUGCUCGAAAAGGUCAAGGUAGAGAUAGCGUCGGGAUCCGGAUCCGGAUCCGGAUCCUGCUGGUGCUACAGCAAGAAGCGGGAGAACAUCGUCACCACCAUCACCGCCAUCCCGCAACCGCAGGACCACGAGAAGACGCCCCGCCGCAGCCUAGGUCUCGGCGCCGCGUGCGACGAUGUGCUGCGCGAGAAGUGGGAGUCGCUGGGCAUUUUCCGGGCCCUGUAUUCUUGACCGUGUUGAGUGGCCUGUACAUAUAUACGGAUAUAUAUAUAUAUAUAUAUAUAUACAUA